AUGUGGACUGAGGUCUUACUAUCUACCGUAUACUCCUAUUGUUUCCAACACGCCUCUCAAGGCUUCUCUCACAUCGAUUCUUCCCGUGAUCUAAGCUUUACUGUGUCUACGACACCUAGUCAAGUUGUCAACGGUAUCGGUGCGAGCGGGGCAUGGUGGCCGAAUGACGUGUUCAACUUCCCCGAGAGCGUGCGUGAACAGGUCGCAGAACUCCUCUUUGGCCCAUCUGGCGCAGGCUUGUCCUCGUACCGCUACAAUGUCGGAGGAGGAGGCAUUGGUGUCAGCAACCCAACGCGUGCACCUGAGACAUUCUACGUUUCGCAAGGUGUAUACAACUGGUCUGCCGAUGCAGCGGGUGUGUAUUUCCUACAGAAAGCCUCGCAGUACGAAGUCCCGCAAAUCACCGCCUUCGUGAACUCGGCCCCGACGACAAUGACCAGUAACAAACGCUCCUGCGGUGGGACGCUCGUAGAUGCACAGAUUCCAGCUUAUGCCCAGUAUCUCGCCGAUGUGAUUUCCCAUUGGAAGGAGGAAGGUGUCGUCUUCACUCAUGUGUCUCCGAUGAACGAGCCCGACGAUACUUUUGGGAGCUGCACACAGGAAGGCAUGGAGGUUACGCCUCAGCAGCGCGCAUCGGUUGUCAACACCCUUCGUUCCACCCUCGAUGCUGCCGGCUUGCAGUCCGUCGGCAUCAUGGCCGAUGAGUCAUCCGAGACAAGCAACUUCACUCCUGAAGCACCGGAAUGGAUACCGCAGGUGCAGAAGGGCGCACUUGCAGCUGUAAGCCACCACCAGUACGGGUUUGGCAGCGACGCGGAGGUAGCACAGAUGGGCAGUGUUGGGAGGAACCUUAGCGGUGUGUAUACGUGGUUUACCGAGAUUUGCUGCUUCAAGGCGGCGGAUUCCAGCCAGAAGAACAACCCUGCUGCGCCAUUAGAAUACUCUAGCAUAUACGAACCGACAAUGAUCGGCGCUCUCCAGCUCGGACAGCUUGUCUAUCAAAGUUUCACCCAAGCGAUUGAUGCUCACUUUGACUUCUGGACAUCCCUGUCGAAUAGCAUCGGCUGCGCACCACUUGAUGAUCCAACCUGCCCCACCGUACCAAACUCAGGCGGUUGGAAUGAUGGCCUGGUUGGUGUUGAGCUACUGUACCUUCGGAUUAAACUCAUGGCAAAGCUGCAGAUUUAUUACGAUCCCGAUUAUGCGACGAACCAGAACACCGCUCUGUACCAGACCAAGCGCCUCUUCCUCAUGAAACACUUCGCAAACUUUAUCUGGAUGAAUUCGACGCGCUUCAAUGUCAGCGGUUUGCCAUCGAACGUUUUCGGUAUGGCGUUUAAGAACCCUGCUCAGCAGUCGACGCCGCUUGGCACGGCUCACUCCUCGCUGAUCCUGAUGAACAUGGAGAACAACACAGUCUCCGUCCAGCCCUCGCAGGCAGGGCUUGGUACCUCUAUCGGCAGUGCAAUGACGAGUCCAAGUGUGGAUUGGCAGACUUUCGGGGCCUCCUCAUCUGUUUCGCUUCCAGGCCUGAGUAUCACAACGUUACUGUUCGAGUAGUGGACCGCAAUUUCGCACGUCUUACUAAUGCACUU